AUGAAAGCGAACAUGUCUUCCACUCGAUCCAGCAGAUCGUCUUCCGUCAUCUCAAUCAUCCUCGCCGUCGUGCUGGUCGGACUUCCAAUUCCUUCCUCCUCCACGAAUCGCCACGUAAUCAACUUCCGAUCGCCUGGACUCUAUCCGGAGGGACUAGCAUAUGAUCCUUCGGGACAACACUUCAUAGUCGGUUCCCUCCACAGCCGCACAAUUCACUCCGUCUCCGAUGCCGGAGUCAUCCAAACCAUAGUUUCCGAUCCCGAUCUACCAGAAAACGCUACUAUCCUCGGUCUCGCCGUUGACUCUACUAAUCGCCGUCUGCUUGCUGCCAUCCACUCCGCAGCGCCUCUUCCUCCCUUCAGCGCCUUAGCCGCCUACGAUCUCCGCAGCGGCGGCCGUCGUAUCUUCCUCUCUCCUCUCCCGUCUCUCCCCGGAGACGACGAAGACAUCGCCCGCGACGUCGCCAACGACGUGGCGGUUGAUUACAAAGGCAACGCUUACGUCACCAACUCAGCCAAAAACUUCAUCUGGAAAGUCGAUCGCGACGGCGCGGCAUCGAUCUUCUCCAGAUCGCCGGUAUUCAACUCGCAGCCGGUGGCGGCAGACGCGGACGCCGGAUUCCGCGAUUGCGGCCUGAACGGGAUCGUGUACAUCAGCAAAGGCUACCUCCUGGUGGUGCAGAGCAACACAGGGAAGAUGUUCAAGGUCGACGAAGAGACCGGGACGGCGAGGCUGGUGCUUCUGAACGGAGAUCUGGUGGCGGCGGACGGGAUGGCGAGGAAACGGAGAGACGGAACGAUUCUGGUGGUGUCGCAGAAGAAGCUCUGGUUUCUCAAGAGCCAGGACAGCUGGAGCGAAGGAGUGAUUUACGACGAGACGGACCUCGACGUGGAGGGGUUCGCGACGGCGGUGACGGUGGCCGGUCAGGAUAGGAUAUAUGUGUUAUAUGGGAGAGUGGUUGAGGGCAUCAUGGGAAACUACAAAGAAGGAGAAGCGAGGGAAUUGUUUGGGAUUGAGGAGGUUUCGUCGGAGAAAGAGAGUGGGGAAGAUAAGAUUUGGCUAUACGUGUUGAUCGGAUUUGGUUUCGCUUACUUCUGUAUCUGGAGGUUUCAGAUGAAGAAGCUCAUCACAAACAUGGACAAGAAAACCUCUUAG